GACAAGGUCGGAAUGUUUUGAGCUGAGGACUUAGUGGGCCCACUGGCAUCAUCUGUUAAGCAACGGAAUUUUUGUUCCUUACCCCAGCGAACCUUCAGGGGGCUUUUCUUAGCAUUUGUCCGCUGCAAUUCUCUGGCCAACAUCAGAUUCAUUCUCUAACCGACCCAGAUGCGGCAGUGUGCUUGAGGGAGUCUGUUUGAGAGAUAGUGUGUUAGAGAGAGCGUGUGUGUGUGUGAUAGAGAGAGAGAGAGAGAGAGAGAGAGAGAGAGACAGAGAGAGUGCGUGAGUGCUCGUCAGUGCAUGAGAGAAAGGAUCUCUUGCUGCAGGGGCACAAGGACAUAGAAAAAACAGUUCGGCUUUUUUAUUCAAACUUUUUAAAAUUUGUUUUAGGAAUGAACGUAGAUACGUGCGUUUCAUAUUGUGAUAUGACAUCCAUGGAUUCAUAUUAUAACACGUCUUCGCCUCACAGUAGGGAUCACCAACCGUCGAAUCCCUUCAGGACAUUCCAAACGAGUGAAACCAAAUACAGCCCCACGUUCCUACCUAAAGGACAACAGGUUUACGGGGAGAAGUCCCGGAGUCCGUUCCAACAGGAGUGCCAGUCACUGGACGGCGGUACUGAAGAGGGCAACAACUACAACAAAUACCACCUCUUCAUGCAACGACCAGCUUGCAAAACUCCCCCAGAAAGCAGCGCACACAACGGCGCGCCCACCCCGUGCUACGCCAAAGACAACGGUGGCUUAACUGACUCUGAGCUGACCUCCAACACAGACUCCCCCGGGAUGGAAGGUUCCUACCUGACCCUGAAGGAGCCAGGGUCUGGGGUCAAGGGUCAGCCCGACCGGUCCGGGGGCCCUAGCUCCGACCACCUCUCCAGUCCCAUGGACAAGGGGAGCGAGGCCGCCGAGAGCAACAAGGGUAAGAAGAGGCGGAACCGCACCACCUUCACCAGCUACCAACUGGAGGAGCUGGAGAAGGUGUUCCAGAAGACUCACUACCCAGACGUCUACGCCAGGGAGCAGCUGGCCCUGAGGACUGACCUGACCGAGGCCAGAGUGCAGGUGUGGUUCCAGAACCGGCGUGCCAAGUGGAGGAAGAGGGAGAGGUUUGGUCAGAUGCAGCAGGUCAGAACUCACUUCUCUACUGCCUACGAGCUGCCCCUCCUCACCAGGUCAGACAACUAUGCCCAGAUCCAGAACCCAUCGUGGCUGGGUGGGGGCAGCGGAGCCUCGCCCCUCCCCGGAUGUGUGGUGCCCUGUGACGGUUCUGUCACCUCCUGCAUGCCCCCUCACACCCACGGAGGGGUCUCAGACUACCUGGGGGUGCCCAGCCCGGCGGGGGGCCACGGGGGUCACAUGGGGCAGACGCACAUGGGCAGCCUCUUCGGGGCCGGGGGAAUGGGCGGCGGUGGCACCGGCAUCAACGGCUAUGACCUGAACAGCGUGGACCCAGACAGGAAGUCCUCCAGCAUCGCGGCGCUGCGCAUGAAGGCCAAGGAACAUAGCGCGGCCAUCUCCUGGAACACAUGAUGUCACGGGCCUGGCUGUGACUCCGCCCCCGGUCUGGGAGGACGCGCCCUAACACUAACCUCGCCUCUUGACCCAGACUGCCCCUCCUUUGGAUCCACCCACGUCAAAGACCACGCCCAGUUCUGGGGAGGUGGAGGGCUAGGACGGGACUAUGACUACAGCACCUGAAAGCACUAAUGAUUUAAUAACUGAUUAAAGAACUGAGCAGGUCAGAUGAACUAAUGACAGGAGACACAAGGAUGAUGUCACCAGCCAGUCCAGAGGCCUUGAACAUCUCAGCCAAGAUAACACCUAGGAUACCUGUAGAGGAGACACCUCUCUUCAUCUCUCUCCCCUGCCCUGUCUCCCCCUCUCUUCAUCUCCCUCCCCUACCCUGUCUCCCUCU